AUGAAAACGAUUGGACGUGGGCGUGUGAAGAAUACGCUGACGUCUCAGAAGAAUUGGGACCUCAAUGUCGAACGAUUAGCGCAAACCAUGCGCCAAGCUGAUCCCAUUGCAGUUGAAUACACGCAGUCUCUUGCCAGAUCAUUUGACUAUUCACGCUUCCCACCAAAACCCAACGAAACGUCUCAGGAACCGCUGUACUCACGAUCCCAACGGCAACUUUAUCGCGAUUUCGAGGGUGGUUAUGGCAGUCAGACAGCGACCCUUUCUAGCGAGGAGCGUGGCGAGCAUAUGAGUCCCAGCCGAGGUGGUCGCGGAGAUACUCCGGCGCUGAAUAUCGUCAAUGGUCUGGGAGGUAAGGUACUGCGUGCUGGCCCUACGGGCGUUGGAGAUGGCAUCGCGGUAGUGACCGCCUCUGUCCCGAAGAUUCUUGUGCGUUCCCCGGCGUCUGCUGUGUCCGGCUCAUCCAACUCCGUUAUUUCUUCCCCUGGAACCGGAUUUGUACCCCACGAGACCGGCAAAUACCAACCACGAACCACUGACUACUCCCCGUCCGCCUACACACAAAGCAAGGUGUUGAGUUCCAGUAUCCGUCGGAAGGUUUAA